GGACUGACACAGCGGUCCUGUCCCUGUGCUCACUUUUAACAAGGAAAUAACUCGCGUUUGAUGCUAAGAUGACGUAUUCGUAGAUUUUAGAAGUAGCUGUGAGCAACGUUACAUGGAGGCGACUCUCUUUUAACGCUACUUCUGGCGCUCAGCAUGGCAGCACACGGUGCUUUCCGCGGGAUGCGAACCUGCGCGGUCCUGCUGCUCCUCUGCCUGACGGGAGACCAGCAAGCCUCCGCGGCCUCGGAGACAGCCAGGAGCUACUACGACUCUCUGAAUGUUGAGUCGACAGCCACCACCAGCCAGAUCAAAAAGUCUUUUCGCAGCCUGGCGGUGAGGUACCACCCCGACAAGAACAAGAGCGCCCAGGCUGAAAACACGUUCAGGGAGAUUGCAGAAGCCUAUGCAGUGCUAUCAGAUAAGAAGAAAAGGAGGCUGUAUGACAGCGUGGGCCAUGAAGCCUUCUUAGAAAACCAGGCCUCAUUGGAGCCCGAGGAUGAUGAUGAUGAUGAUGAGACCAGCUUCCACUUCAGCUUCUCAGACUUCCUCCAGGAUUUCCAUGACAGUGCCUUUAUGGAUGAACCACACUUGCACUGGAGUUUUCUGCAGGAUGUGGAAGAGGAGGACGUUCAAUACAAACGUUACAGUUUUGAAGAGUCUACCUUUUAUUUUGAGGAUGAAUAUGAGGGGGAGUAUUACUAGUAGUUACUAGUUUCAUUUUCGAUAUGUGUUUUAAUUUGUCCUCUUUUAUUUAGAAUAAAGUUUUCCAAACAA